AUGGAGCUCGCCGUCGCACCGCCGUCGCGAGUCGCAGCAGGUGUCACACUCAGGACCCCUCUCGUGGUUACAUUCUCGGGAUUACCACCCAAGGCAGACGACAAGUGUGAAGAUGGAGAAGUCUUCGCACUGCCUGAUCUAAGCGGAAUAUGGGUUUUUCUAUCGCUUACAACUCCCGACAUGCAAGAAAGCCUAGCGCCUCCGCGGGAAGAUCUCUUGUGUGGGAGCAGAGCGGACUCCGUGCAUGCAAUCUGCGAGGAACAGGAGGUCGAACGGCCAACGAUCGCGUACGCCACGUUUCCAGGGCUCAAGAUCACCCAACCUGGCAGUUACCGCAUCAAAGUCAACAUUAUUGAUAUGAAUGCGGCAUUCAGGGCGGGCAGUGGCUUCGAAGGGGCAGCUGUGGUUCUGCCGUGUCUUCAUUCCCCGGUUUUCGAGGUAGUCAAAGCCAGUGAGCACAGUGGCUCCGAACCACAACUCGCGGAGACCAUCAAGCGUUUGAGGUCAAUUGGUGUUCGUCUGGGAGGCGAAGAAGAGCGACCGAGCCAUUGA